AUGCCAACCUCGCGUUUUGCAGCUCAAUCGUCUGACUGGAGCACUAUCUUCAGGGUCCUCAAGAGCAUUAACACCAUUUCAAUCUCGUCUCCAGGCGACUCUGGCUGGCCCGGUUUCAAGCAAAUCGAAGCCACGCUUGUGUCUAUCCGUAUAGCGAUCGAGCAGUCUCUUCUCGUGUCAUUGCACACCCUCCGACUGGAGCCCAUCCACGCCUUCGGGAUCUUGCACUGUCGAUGGGCGGGCGGCACGGCUUUUGGCGAGGCGAGCUGGAUGGCUGGAGCGAUCUGGACGCGCGUCAACACGAUUGAGGUGCAGGUGCUGAACCCUUUCUCCUACAUCUCGAGUUCACAAAGAAGGAUCUUCAUCAAGGUGCUCCACAGCUGGUUGAGAAGUUUUAGGGAACGAUUAAGGGUGCUGAAGUUCCAUUGGGUCGGCCAGAAGGGACCGAAUCCUCUCCUGCUCGACAAGGCCUACCGGAAGAAGGACUUCAGCGCGCCGCCGAUCGAGUGGGAUCUGCUGGAGCAAGUCUGGCUGGGGAAUGUGGAGGCAGACCCUCCUUUCGAGGAGGCAAUGGAUCUUACGCAUGCAGAUCUUAUUCAAGACAGGGCUCCGUUCCUCAAGAGUCUCUGGCUGUCCAAAGAUGUUGAAUACGGCGAGGCCGAAGACAUCCUCAUCAACUUCGAUAACAAAGACGAGUGGAAGAACAGCAGCUAUCUCCUGAAGCGGGUAGGUCGUUCUAGAUACACCAACGACGGAUACGGCAACGACGAGGGGCUGCAGGACGAUGAUCAAGGUGAAGACAGUGAGGAUGAGUUUGUCCAUACUCUGUCACAGAGCACCUCGGGUUUGUCUAUGGAUGAGCCCUUUGCACUAGAUCUAUGA